AUGGGGGCAGGCGCACAGCCCAGCCUGGAAGAACGAUUCUGGUGCUACAGCAGUCAUGGCUGCAUCCAGGGCCCUGAGCUGCCAUCCAGAAAUUGCACACUCCAGCCCUGUGAGGGCGAGGACCUGGAUCCUGCCCCAGGGAGGACUGCCCAGAGUCCCAGAGCACCCAUCUCUUCCUGGCCCUUCUCAGCCACCCUGAAUAGAGCCCCCACACUGGUGCCAUCUGUGCAGGACUACCGGGGCAGUAAGUGUCUUCUCCAGGACCUGUAUCUGUGUCUCUACCACGGGGUGGAGGGCCAGACCCACAAGGCCAUGUAUGGGAGCUUCCUCUCGCUAUCACCCAAGCUUCCCCCAGUCCCGAGGCCCCUGGCUCGGUGCCGAGCGUCCAGGCUGUCCUACCUGGGGCCCCGGGAGGAGGUCGGUGGUCGGGGUUCCGAGGUAUUCAGCCACUGGGGGUUCGUGGUGGUCCAUGGAGGGUAUUUCGUGCCUUUCGAUGGGGAGGCGUUCGUGGCAACCGGGGGCUUUGAUUACCUGGGGUCCUCUGCUUCCUCGCAGAUGUCAGCCCCACCCCAGAAAUUGACUGAGAAUUUGACCCAGCAGGAGGCCCCAGCUCAGCCUCCAGAGUCCUCUAUGGAGAGUCUAGCUCAAACUCUACUGAAUCAUGAGGUACUUCAACCUCCAGGUGAGGAUCAAGCUUAUUAUAACUUCCCCAACAUUACAGUUAAACCUGCAGAUAUGGAGGUUACCAUAACUUCAGAGCCUACCAAGGAGGCAGAAUCUACCGAAGCCCAGCAGGAGGCCCCAACUCAGCCUCCAGAAAAGGUGAAACCUUCUGCAAGCCAACAGGAGGCCGCAACUGGGCCUCCAGGUCCUCCUAUAGAGGCUGAACUUUCCCCCAGUGAGCAGGAGCAGCCAGCUCAGCCUUCUGAGUCUUCUGGGGAGGUUGAGUCUUCUCCAGCCCAGCAGGAGACCCCAGCUCAGCCCUCAGAACAUCAUGAAGUCACAGUUUCACCUCCAGGUCACCAUCAAGCUCAGCAUUCAGAUUUGCCCAAUGUCACUGUGAAGCCUCCAGAUGUGCAGCUCACCAUAGCAACAGAGCCUACUGCAGAGGUGGGAACUUCUCCAGUCCUCCAGGAGGCUACAGCUCAGCUCUCAGGGCCAGGUAAUGAUGCAGAACGUCCCACCAUCCAGCACGGGGGCCCACCUCUGCUUCCAGAGUCAUUGGAAGAGGCUGGACCUUCAGCAAUUCAACAGGAGACUUCAGUUCAAUCUUCAGAACCUGUUAAUAAUGAGAACCCCUUUCCAACCCAGCAGAAGGCUGCAGUUGAACAUCCACAGACCCCUGAGGAGGUUGAGUCUUCUCUAAUCCAGCAGGAGGCCCCAGCUCAGACUCCAGAGCUCCCUAAUGUAGUUGUAGCUCAACCUCCAGAGCAUCAGGAGGUAACAGAAGCCUCAGUUCAACCUUUGGACCUGGGGCUUACCAUCAUUCCAGAACCCACUAUGGAGGUUGAACUUUCUCCAACCAUACAGGAGACCCCAACUCAGCCUCCUAAGAAAGUUGUACCCCAACUUCUAGUAUAUCAAGAGGUAACAAUUCCAACACCAGGUCAGGAUCAAGCUCAGCAUCCAAUGUCACCCAGCGUUACAGUUCCACCUUUGGACCUGGGACUUACCCUCACUCCAGAACCCACUACGGAGGUGGGACAUUCUAUACCCCUGAAGAAGACUAUAGUUCCUCCAAAGCAUCCUAAGGUGACACUUCCACAUCCAGACCAGGUUCAGAACCAGCAUUCACACCUGACUCAAGCCACAUUUCAACCUCUGGACCUGGAGCUUACCAUAACUACAGAACCUACUACAGAGGUU